CGGUUACGGGCAGCGUGGGUCGGAGGCCAGAGCGAACGCAGAUAACUUCGCUCCGCGGGGCACGCACGGGUCUACGGGAGCUCCGGCGCCGGGCAUGGACGCCUCGGCGUAGCCGAAAACGCCAUCGGCAACGGCCUCGGGCGGGCAGCUCCUGCCAGAACCAAAUAUGGCGCUCGAACGGGAUCUCCGCCUGCGGUGCCGUCUCUCUAGCGUCCGGCUGCAAACAGGGGAUGAUAAGGGUUAGGGGACGGUUCUCCGCGCCCGGCCCCGCCCCGCGCCCUCGGGAGGCGCAGCGUUCGCCGCGGCCAUGGCGGCCUGGCCGGCGGUGCCCCUGCUCGUCAACCUCGGCGGGUCUCUUUUGGGGUUUGUGGCCACGCUCACGCUGAUCCCAGCCUUCAAGGACCACUUCCUCGCUGCACGGCUCUUCGGCGAAGACCUUAACAAGGCCUCGCGGAGGCCCGUGCCCGAGGCGCAGGGCGUGAUCAGUGGAGCCGUGUUCCUGAUCAUCCUCUUCUGCUUCAUUCCCGUGCCCUUCUUGAGGUGCUUCGUGGAGGAGCAGUGCGCAGCCUUUCCUCACGACGAGUUUGUGGCACUGAUCGGUUCACUGCUCGCCAUUUGCUGCAUGAUUUUCCUCGGCUUCGCAGACGACGUUCUGAACUUGCGCUGGCGGCACAAGCUCCUUCUUCCUACCAUGGCUUCUCUCCCGCUGCUCAUGGUUUACUUCACCAGCUUUGGGAACACGACCAUCGUCGUGCCCAAGCCCUUCCGGGUGCUGCUGGGCAUGCACUUGGACCUGGGUGUCCUCUACUAUGUGUACAUGGGCAUGCUGGCGGUGUUCUGCACAAACGCCAUCAACAUUCUCGCCGGAAUUAAUGGGAUUGAAGCAGGGCAGUCGCUGGUGAUAGCCGCUUCCAUUAUCGUAUUCAACAUUGCAGAAUUAAACGGGGAUUAUCGCGAUGAUCACAUUUUUUCUCUCUACUUCAUGAUUCCUUUUUUUUUUACCACGCUGGGGCUGUUUUACCACAACUGGUACCCGUCUCAAGCUUUCGUCGGGGACACCUUCUGCUAUUUUGCUGGCAUGACCUUUGCUGUGGUGGGGAUCUUGGGGCACUUCAGCAAAACGAUGCUGCUUUUUUUCAUCCCACAAGUGUUCAACUUCCUUUACUCGCUGCCUCAACUCUUCCACGUCAUUCCUUGUCCCCGUCACCGGCUGCCAAGGCUCAAUCCUAGUACAGGGAAAUUGGAGAUGAGCUACUCCAAAUUCAAAACUAAGAGCCUCUCUGCCCUGGGAACAGCCAUUCUGAAGGCCGUAGAGAUCUUGCAUGUAGUGCAUGUGAGAAGCGGAACAGAUGAAGACGGUGAAUACACCGAAUGCAAUAACAUGACUCUCAUUAACUUUGUUAUAAAGGUGAUCGGACCUACCCAUGAACGAAAUCUCACUCUCCUGUUGCUACUCAUUCAGGCUUUUGUCCAAGUCUGCCGACAGGAGAUGCUCGCCGCUACUCAGACGCCACCGUUACUUGGAAAUCUCUUUCAGAGGGGAAGUAAAUGACCCGAGGGUUUGCUCGCAGCACGUAGGGAAAGCGGUAAAAAGGAAAUCUCCGUACAUCUGACUGUGACCGUUCCCAAAAGAGAAAGCGGGAACUUAGAUUUCUAGGACACGCCAUACAGCAGAAUGAGUAAACCAGACACGGUCUUUGCUCCACAGACUGACGCACUGGAAACCACACUCAAAACUCGGAGCACUCUGAGAAUAAAACAAUUCAUGGCACUUUUUCCCCUUCAGUGCUUUGCCUCAAAAAUUUCAACAGGCAGCAAAACCAGGUGACGCUGUACAUCUCUAUGGCUUUCUAGCCACAGCCUCCCUCUGCACCCGCUAUGGUCUUCCCAUUUGCUGCUACCGUGUACACGCCGGCCCCUUAGACUCAUGUCAAUGCCCGUUCUGGGUAUCUAGUCCUCCAAGUAUAAGUACUUAAAUGCACAGGGUAGACAGUCCUAGGACCCUGUCAGGGUAAAAAAACCAGAAACCUAGACAUGGUCUUCAGCGAGACAGGACAGAGCACAGAAAUAAAGGCUGCUCGUGGGUAAUUC